AUGCAAAAAGAUAUCCGUGACACUGAACAUCUUGAACUCCCGCUAACAAGGAAAAAACGAUUGAAAAUCGAUGAAAGUGAGAAGCCAACAGUGUAUUACAAAUAUAAGGUCGAAAUCUAUCAUAUAUAUCGAGUUGAUUUCGAUUAUGUAAAGAAGCCACUUUCUUAUGAGUUUGGGAACGGAUAUGACAAUCAUAUAUUUUUGGAUAUGACCAGGAACAUUAUCAGAACCACAUUCUCUGAAAGAAAAAUCCCCAUGAAAGAUUUUAUUCGUUUCAAUGAUUCAGAUGAAUAUUUGUAUUCGCAGAUGAAUAUUAGUGAUUUUGUGAGUGAUUCUACGAUUUUCAGCAACAUUUUUAAAUUAUUUUUACAGAAUGGACGCUCAUUUGGUAUGAGACAACAUCGUCAAAUUCAACCAAUCGAUCUUUGUUCAGUUCAAAACGAGCCUUGUUCAGUUGAAGUGAAUGUGAAAAAUUUGGGUGUUAUAGAAUAUGAUGCCGCUUUUCAAGCUCGAUUGAAUGAUUUAAUUUUGAAAAACGAAGAGGAAAAUCGUAUUUUUGGCUUUUGA